CAUUUAGACUUAAUUCUCCGGCUUGUUAGGAGCGUUGGGAAUGUGAAAGCCAGGUAAACCUUCACAAUGAAAGGGUUAGCACAACUUGACCUCAGAGGCUCCCUGACAAAGUGCUCUGCACAAACUUCAGCCCACAGGACACAAACACAGCCCCGGGCCACACCUUAGCAUUGCUGGUUCCUAGCAGUGUUUCCCUGUCCUCUUCUGAAACCUUUUCAACAUGGACUCAAACAAUAGUAGACCUGGCAGGCAGCCUCCUAUACACACAAUGCAAAACUAUGUCUAAGCUCUGCAAGAGCUAAGUGUCACACUUUUUUUUACAGCAAGCGCGGGGCAGGAGUCGGGCUGGCUCAGGCUCGCGGGACGUUCUAAUGGGCUUGGUUUUCCGGAAAGCCACGCAGUCCGCUGCACUUCUGCUAGCCCUGCUGGGAUGGGUUUUAGCCUGCCUCACCAACUACUUGCCCCACUGGAAGAAUCUCAACCUGGACCUGAACGAGAUGGAAAACUGGACCAUGGGGCUCUGGAAAGCCUGCGUCAUCCAGGAGGAAGUGGGGAGGCAAUGCAAGGACUUUGACUCCUUCCUGGCCUUGCCAGCUGAACUCCAGAUCUCCAGGAUCCUGAUGUCUCUGUCGAAUGGACUGGGGCUGCUGGGGCUGCUGGGCUCUGGCUGUGGCCUGGACUGCUGGAGGCUCGGAGAGAGCCAGAAGGGUCUGAAGAGGCGGCUGCUCAUCUUGGGAGGGCUCCUGCUCUGGACUUCGGGCGUGCUGGUCCUGGUUCCUGUCUCCUGGGUGGCCCACGUGACGGUUCAGGAGUUCUGGGAUGAGACCCUGCCUGAAAUUGUGCCCAGGUGGGAGUUUGGGGAGGCCCUUUUCCUUGGCUGGUUUGCUGGCUUCUGCCUGGUGCUGGGAGGGUGCCUGCUCCACUGUGCAGCCUGCUGGAGCCCGGCUGCCCCCGCCUUGGGCCACUAUGCAGUGGCAGGAUUGCAAGACCACUGUCAGCAGCUGGAGCUGAAACACGCCAGCUCAGAAAUCUAAGCCAAGUGGAUCAGUGGCCUUUCUACUCUUCAGCAGGUGCUCGCUCCAGCCGGACUUGGUAGGAUCUCCUGCUAAAAUCACCCCUACUCAGUGUGAUUUUGAGUUUCCCAAAUGCAUACUUCCUUUCUGUGACUAUUAACUUCUAAAUACAAGUUUCUUUCUACAA